ACACAAAUGGAAUCGACCUGAAGAGGUUCUCCACAUUUUUAUUUUUCUGGCGAUUCUUCAACGUGUCCUAACUCCCAACCCUCUUCUUCUUAACUACUCUUCUCUUCUCGUCUCUUCAUUCUCCUCCUCAAACACAAAACCAAUCACUUCCAUUCCCAAUUUCACUCGAACACACCAAAUAGAGAAACCCAGAACAAUAACAAGAAAAAAGUGAAAAAUGGCAAGCUCAGUGGAGAAGGAGGGUGGUGCGGUGGAGGAGGUUUUCUCUUUGGAGCUACCUGCUCCACCUGGUUGGAAGAAGAAGUUCGUCCCAAAGAAAGCUGGUACCCCAAAGAAAAAUGAGAUUGUGUUCACUGCACCAACAGGAGAGGAGAUCAAUAACAGGAAGCAGCUGGAACAAUAUUUGAAAGCACACCCUGGAGGUCCAGCUGUAUCAGAAUUUGAUUGGGGCACUGGUGAGACCCCAAGAAGAUCUGCAAGAAUCAGUGAGAAGGCAAAGGCAGCUCCUCCAACAGAAAGUGAGCCCCCAAAGAAACGUAGAAGAUCAUCAGUUUCAAGAAAGGAAACUUCUCGGGAAGAGAAAGAGGAGACAAAGGAAGCAGAAAUGCAAGAAACUGAUGAUACUAAGGAUGAUAAAAAUAUAGAGGAAAAGAAUGUUGUAAAGGAAAAUCAAGAUGACAAGAGUGUGGAGGAUACUGAUAUCAACAAAUCCACUCAUUCUGGAGAAGCUAAAGUAGAAGAAAAUGUCGAGGUACCUAUUGAUGAGGAAAAAUCCAAUGCUGUUGAUGCAGAGCUAAAUGCAUUGAAAGAUAAAGUUGAUGACAAAGGAGCUGAGGGUUCUGAAGUUUCUCUGAGAAAAGAUACAUCCACUCCUUCUGGAGAAGCUAAAGUAGCAGAAGAUGUCAAGGUACCUAUUGAUGAGGAAAAAUCCAAUGCUGCUGAUGGAAAGCCAAAUCAAUUGAAAGAUAAAGUUGAUGACAAAGUUGCUGAGGGUUCUGAAGUUUCUCUGAGAAAAGACGAAGAAAAGAUUGGGCAACCACAGGAAGAGUCAAAAGAAUAUCGUGGAUCUGGGGAGCCAGAGAAAUCGGAAACAUGCACUACAGCUGACAAAACGGUUGAAGUGGAAGGAGUGAAUAAAGAAGAACACAUCAAAAGUACUCGAGAGUUUGAAGGAGUUGAGGGAAUAGAAGGAACAAAAGUGAAUAGUGAAGAACAUCACAAGCUUGAUGAGAUAAAUAAGAAGACUGAAGCAGAGUUGACCGAAAAUGGCAAUCAUGGGAGCUGAACUGGUGAGGUCAAAGCUUGGAGCAGAGAAUAGAUUAAUAAGCUCUUGGCAUCUGUCCUCUCAUUCUGACCCCUUUAGAUCUGUUUAAAGAUGACUGUAGUUUUUGUUAUUGUUAUUUAUCUGAUUGUUUAUUGAAACAACUAUAUACAAUUAUAGAGCUUAGCCCUAUAAUGUACCAUGCAUGGGUGUAUUUGGACAGAAGUGUAGCUUCUAGUUGUUGUUGUAACAUUAUGUUGUAAGAUAUGUUAUAUGGACCUGUAAUCAUAUGUACGGUAGCUUCCUAAGCUAUUAUCGUGGAUAUGUCUGGUCAAGUAAUUUGGUCCAGGCAGAAGAACAGUGCAUAUGGAAGUCAUCUUUUUCAUA